CCCCCUCAUUUUGUUUCUUAAACCCUACUCAGAAGCCAUUAGAGUUUUACACUUUUACUCCCACCAGAACCCUAAACACGAUGAUGAGCUUAAUCCUUAAGAGGUCAACCUCACUGGCCUCCAAGAGGGCUUUCGCCGCCGCCUUGACCUCCGUCGAGGCUCUUCUGCAAAACCACUCUGCCUCCGUCUCAUCUGCGUCAGCAGUCGUUGUUCCUGGUGAGACUGAAUCGUCUUCGGGAUUCAGUUCACUUGUUGGCCCCUUUAGAAGGGGAUUUCAUGUGAAAUCCGGGCCGUUGAAUUUCAGGGCUUCGGCCGUGGCACAGGCGGAGUAUGCUGUAGCAGCAGAUUAUGGAGACUAUGAAGAGAAGAGCGGGACUACUGUUGGGGAUGCUGAGGAUGGGCUUGAGAUUGCAAAACUUGGGAUAUCUGGACAUAUCGUGUCUGCUUUGGCAGGGAGGGGUAUCACCAAAUUGUUUCCUAUUCAGAAAGCUGUGUUGGAGCCAGCAAUGCAAGGGCGUGACAUGUUCGGUCGAGCUAGAACAGGAACAGGGAAAACUCUUGCUUUUGGGAUUCCCAUCUUGGAUAAAAUCAUUGAGUUCAACAAAAAGCACGGAAAAGGAAGAAAUCCUUUGGCCUUAGUUAUGGCACCGACUAGAGAACUUGCACGACAAGUUGAGAACGAAUUCCAAGAAUCAGCACCAGAAUUGGAUACAAUAUGUGUUUAUGGCGGCACACCCAUAUCAAGUCAAAUAAGGCAGCUUGACUAUGGCGUUGAUAUAGCUGUUGGAACACCUGGUCGUGUCGUGGAUUUGAUGAAGCGAGGUGCUUUAAAUCUCUCAGAGAUUCAGUUUAUUGUUCUUGAUGAAGCUGAUCAAAUGCUUAGCGUGGGCUUUGCCGAAGAUGUUGAUGUAAUCAUGGAGAAAUUGCCGCGUAAACGUCAGACCAUGAUGUUCUCCGCAACAAGGCCAACUUGGAUAAGAGAGCUCGUCAAGAAGCACAUGAAUAAUCCUAUAACCAUUGAUCUUGUGGGAGAAUCUGACCAGAAGCUGGCAGAUGGGAUAACCCUUUAUUCAAUUCCUUCAGAUACAUAUGGAAAAGCUUCUAUUAUCUCUCCUCUUAUAACGGAACAUGCAAAAGGAGGGAAGUGCAUUGUUUUCACUCAAACCAAACGUGACGCUGAUCGUUUGGCAUAUGCUAUGGCAAGGAACUUGAAAUGUGAGGCUCUGCAUGGGGAUAUUUCCCAAAGUCAAAGGGAAAGGACUCUCUCAGGCUUCAGGGAAGGGCAUUUUAAUGUAUUAGUUGCUACUGAUGUUGCUUCUCGUGGCCUUGAUAUACCAAAUGUUGAUCUGGUAAUCCAUUAUGAGCUACCAAACACUUCAGAGACUUUCGUUCAUCGAUCCGGUCGUACAGGUCGUGCUGGGAAGAAAGGAACUGUGAUUUUGAUUUACACACAGGAUCAAACCAGGGCUGUCAAGGUUAUUGAACGUGACGUUGGAUGCAGAUUUACAGAGCUCCCUAAGAUCGCUGUGGAGGGUGGAGACAUGUUCAGUGGCAUGGCUUCUGGUGGUCGAUUUGGAGACACAGGUUUUGGACGUGCUGGUAGUCGAGGGGAUUAUGGAGCUGGUCGUUCUGGAGGAAGCAGGAGUCCUGGGUUUGGUCGCUCUGAUGGAUACGGUGGUUCAUUUUCCAGCUCAAGGGAUGGAUUUGGAGGAUCUGGCUCUGGGCGUUUUGGUUCUGGUGGUUACCGUUCUGCAGAUCGUGGUUCUGGGGAGUUUGGUAGAUUAGACCGUUCCAGUGGUUUUGGGGACUUUGGUUCAGGUCGUCCUAGUGGAUUUGGUGGCAAUCAGUCAAGCCGAAGUUCUAGUGGUUUUGGGAACUUUGGUUCAGGUCGUUCUAGUGGAUUUGGUGGCAAUCAGUCAAGCCGAGGUUAUAGUGGUUUUGGUGAAUUUGGUUCAGGACGUUCUGGUGGAUAUGGUGAUAAUCAAUCAACCCAAAGCAGUGGUGUUUUUGGCACUUUCAAUUCUAGUCAAUUUGGUGGCCGCUCUGUUGACAACAGGAUUGCUUAUGAUUAAACACACUUGAGAAGGCCACUGUCUUCAUAGUUUGUGGUGAGAAGGAAAUGUAUAACUUAUGCCUGGACAAAAUGGUUAACGAGAAACGAUGAGCCUGGAUAAUACAUCUAGUUUGCUGGAUGGGCUGCAAGGCAGGAUGGGUUUCUGUUGCUCGGAGAGUACUUGAUGCCUUAUUGUUCUUGGACAUUUAGGUUAUAAUAUUAUCGAAGAAUAAUUUUAUUAAUCUAGUUCGUGAUGUAUAAAGUUUAGGAAAAAUAGUAUGCUGCUUUAGUAUUAUUUUCCUUUUAUUUUGUUACCCCCACCUCCUCCCCUCUUAAUUUUUGGUUCAAAAAUGAGUACUCUCAAUUUCUAAGAAUGUGUCAGCUUUCUUGUAUUCACCAUUCAAUGCAAGGGGGAAUGUUUUGGUAAGUUGGAUGUUUGCCGGUAUAGGGCAUCAUAAAGAUGGUGAAAAACUGUGUAGUGUUAAGAUUCAUAUACUGCAUUGAGUUUCCUAUUGUGACUCA